CUGCCUUCUACACCUACCUUAGCUACGCGCGCUGCUCCAGUCAAGUCUUGCAUAGUGCACAUGAGUAUGACGGUAUGCGACUGCCAUAAAUAACGACCCGAGUCGACGAUGAGUCCGGCGCAAGAUGGGCUCUCGCCUCGAACAAAAGUCGAAUCUCGUGAGGAAGAGGAUCGAGAACCAUGACUUCAAUAAUGAGGAGGGCGAAGAGUAUGGCGGCUCCGCAUUUGGGGGCUUCUCCGACUACUUCCGCCGCAAGAAGAUCAAGUUGCAGAACCUGGAUGCCCAGCUCCGUGCCGACUCCGGCGACAAGCCGAAGAUCUUCAAGGGGAUUGUGUGUCAUGUUAAUGGCUACACCCAACCUUCUUUGAAUGAUCUACACGUCAUGAUCGUGCAGCAUGGCGGUGGCUUCCUCCAAUACCUUGACGGCAAGACAAUGGUCACUCACAUCAUCGCCAGCAACUUGACCCCAAAGAAGAAAGAAGAGUUCAAGCGGUAUCGAAUCGUCAAGCCAGCGUGGAUUGUGGAUAGUAUCAAAGCUGGCAAACUUCUCCCUUGGGACGAAUAUCGAGUUCUAGACGAAGGGGUCGGGCAGAAAGUUCUUGGAUUCCAAAACGGCAGCGUGGUCAGCCAAGCGAGCCGGAGGCCACAGGGCUACAAAGAACAAAGCGACACGAGUUGGUAUACGAGCCAACUGAAAGCUCAAACGCAGGGGAGCGCAAAGCCGCCGACUCGACUUGCGCAAACAAUAUCUCCAGAUGAGAUUGAGGAUGAUGAGACUUCUCUGCCGGAAAUUACCAGCUCCAUGGAGGAAGCUUUGUACGAGGCUGAACGUGAAAUCCAAGACUCUCCCCAGAGGCAACUGGUGGAACCUCAAACGGAGUUGGCAACACCACCACCCUCGAGUCCCGCGGCCCUGACAGCGGGAGAAUCUAACGAAGCUCCAGAAGAUCCACCGGCAGCCCAAGAAGCUGAGGAUGAUCAGAACUCAGCUCUCCGCUCUCGAGAAGGCUCGCAAGAGCCAGACUACUCGAUGGCCGUUAUUCGCGAUUCGAGAAAGCUUAAAGACAUUCCUGCCGCCGAAUUUGCCAAGAUGACUGCUGAAGAGCACAACGCGCUCCUGUUAUCGGAUCCCAAAAUCCGCAGAUCCACCGUGGUUCAUCCCGACUUCUUGGAACAGUACUACCGCGAGUCACGGCUACAUCACCUAUCGACCUGGAAAGCGGACUUGAAGUCACAACUACAAGCGCUUGCCGCACAGCAGUCCUCCACGCAGAAGGCCAAGAUGAAGCGCUUGCCAGGCCAGAGACGCUACAUCAUGCACGUCGACUUCGACAGCUUCUUCGCCACCGUCUCCAUCAAGAAAUACCCUCAGUACAAGGACAAGCCGGCGGUGGUUGCCCACGGAAACGGCUCGGGCUCAGAAAUCGCUUCGUGUAACUACGCUGCGCGGAAGUUUGGGAUCAAGAAUGGAAUGUGGAUGAAGCGAGCGCAAGGUCUGUGUCCCGAGCUUAAGAUUCUGCAAUACGACUUUCCUGGCUACGAAGAUGCAAGCCGCAAGUUCUACGACGCUAUUCUUGCUGCAGAUGGUAUUGUGCAGAGUGUGAGCAUCGAUGAAGCUCUCGUCGACAUCAGCGCCAUGUGCUUCGCCGCUUCCAACUCCGACGGCGUGAGUCGAAGAGAAGGCUCCGUCGACCGAGAACAGGCGAGGGCAGAUGAAAUCGCCCAGAAGCUCCGCGCUACUGUGCUGGAGAGGACUGGAUGCGAAGUCUCUGUAGGAAUCGGGGGCAACAUCCUCCAAGCCAAGGUCGCUCUUCGCAAAGCCAAGCCCGCCGGUCAAUAUCAGCUCAAACCGGAAGAAGUGCAAGACUUUAUUGGCGAGCUCGAAGUGCAGCAACUUCCUGGCGUCGCUUGGAGUCUUGGAGGCAAGCUUGAGGAGAUAGGCAUUAAGUUUGUCAAGGACAUUCGCGAGGUCACGCGCGAGAAGCUCAUCAACACACUCGGGCCAAAGACCGGCGAGAAGCUCUGGGAAUACUCGCGUGGCAUCGACAAGACGGAGGUGGGCGAUCAAGUCGUCCGGAAGUCGGUCUCCGCGGAAGUGAACUGGGGCGUUCGAUUUGUGGAUCAGGGCCAAGUGGACGAGUUCAUGCAUAGCCUGAGUGGUGAACUUCACAAGCGAUUGGCCAAAGAGCAAGUCAAGGGCAAGCAACUCACGAUGAAGGUCAUGCGUCGAGCCGCCGAUGCGCCUCUCGAUCCGCCCAAGCAUCUAGGCCAUGGCAAGUGCGAUACUUUUAACAAAAGCGUACAGCUGGGUGUGGCUACGAAUGAUACGGCUGUCAUUGCUAAAGAGGCGAUUGCGAUGCUGAAGUCUUUUGCAAUCUCGCCAGGUGAGCUCCGCGGUAUUGGGAUUCAGAUGCAAAAACUUGAUGCCAUCAAGUCCGGACCCGCAGGCGUAGUCGACGGCAGUCAACGUCGGCUACCAUUCAAGGUCGGACAAGCUGCGAAACCUGUCGAGAUCGAGCAUUCGAAAGAGCAGGAUUCGAUACAAGAUGAUUUGAAGACGCCGGAGAAGCCUCGCAUGGCAGAUGUCAAUCAGCCAUCUGUUGCAAUUCAUCCGCUCAAUGCCAGCACACCAACGAAGAAGCAGCUCAAUACACUCGGCACACAAUUUGUCCUGCCCACCCAAGUCGAUCCAAGCGUGCUUGCUGAGCUCCCGGAGGACAUUCGAGCGAGGCUCGCAAAGCACGUCCAACCCAGCAAAGAGCCUAUCACCGAAUCUAAAGCACCCGCGACACGCUCGAAGUCAGCUUCACGAGAUCAAUCGCCCGCCAUCACCCUUCCCACCCAGUCUCAACUCGAUCCAAGCAUCCUAGAAGCUCUACCAGAAGAUGUGCGCGCUGAAGUCCUCGCGUUCUACCGCACGUCGCCCCGCAAGCCCGGCGGAGGAGGCCAGGCCGUACUGCCUCAAUCCCCUCGAAAAACACGCACAAUCCCACCCACACGCCAACCACUCACUCGCAAGAAACGAGGCGCCAGCUCGCUAACAAGCAAACUAAAGAGCCGCACCACUAACAACGACCCAACCCUCACGCAAGCCAACUUCGUGUCUCUCUCACGUCGCCAGGCAGGCAACGACGCAGCAAGCGGCACAGACACCGAAACUGACGCCGCACCAAAUCACCAGACCCUCGACCCCAACUUCCUCGCCGCCCUACCACCCGAUCUCCGCACUGAAGUCCUAGCCCAGCAACGCCAGGAGCGGCUUCAGCGCACAGGCGGCAUCGACCUAUCACUGCACCGCUCGCGACGGAACAAAAAGAAAGACGACACGGGUCCCAUCGAACGCCUUCUACGACUGCCUCCCCCCACCCCCAAACCCACGUUCACAACGCAGAAACUGUCUGAGCUGCCGGAUUUGCGACAGGCGGUUAAGGCGUGGUAUGCGGAGUUUGCGGACGAGGGCCCGUACGAGGAGGAUGUGGGUGCGCUGAGGAAGUAUUUGAGGGAUGUGGUUGUGGAGGAGAGGGAUGUUGGGAAGGCGGUUGCGGUUGUUGGGUGGAUGGGGUGGGUUGUUGGAGAGCAUGAGGGGAGUGAGGAGGUGGGGGAGAUGUGGGCUGCGGCUUUGGAGAGUGUCAAAGAGGGUGUGAGGGAGGGGGCGUUGGAGAGGGGAUUGGGGAGGGUGGAUUUGGGAUAGAUGGCUAGCACUUAUGAUACGUGGGCGGGUUUUGGUCUAGAGCGCUCACAGGGUAUUCGAUCUUAUUAACGUUACAGCAAAGUAUAGUCCUUGGUUAGAGGGACAUGCUCAAACUCCAUU